GGGGCCGGCACCGCCACCGCAAGAUGAGCCUGCUGUCGGCCAUCGACACGAGCGCCGCCUCGGUGUACCAGCCGGCCCAGCUGCUCAACUGGGUCUACCUGUCGCUGCAGGACACGCACCAGGCUAGCGCCUUCGAUGCCUUCCGGCCGGAGCCGACCGUCGGCGGCGCGCCCCCGGAGCUGGCCUUCAGCAAGGGCCGCCCGGAGCAGCUGGGCUCUCCCUUGCACUCCAGCUAUCUCAACAGCUUCUUCCAGCUGCAGCGCGGAGAGGCGCUGAGCAGCAGUGUGUAUAAGAGCGCCUCGCCCUACGGCUCCCUCAACAACAUUGCCGACGGCCUCAGCUCUCUCACAGAGCACUUCUCGGACCUGACCCUCACCUCCGAGGCCCGCAAGCCCAGCAAGCGACCCCCGCCCAACUACCUGUGCCACCUUUGCUUCAACAAAGGACACUACAUCAAGGACUGCCCCCAGGCACGCCCCAAAGGCGAGGGUCUGACUCCGUACCAGGGCAAGAAGCGCUGCUUCGGCGAGUACAAGUGUCCCAAGUGCAAGAGAAAAUGGAUGAGUGGGAACUCCUGGGCCAACAUGGGGCAGGAGUGCAUCAAGUGUCACAUCAACGUGUACCCGCACAAGCAGAGACCCCUGGAGAAGCCCGACGGCCUGGACGUGUCCGACCAGAGCAAGGAGCAUCCCCAGCAUCUCUGCGAGAAGUGCAAGGUGCUGGGCUACUAUUGCCGCCGUGUGCAGUGACUGGCUGCCUGCCUGCCUGCACCCACAGCUGCCCCCCUGCCUGCCCGAGGAGACACUGCCUCCCCUGUGCUGCUCCUGCUCUGAGGGGCUGUGUGUCCCCCUGUGCGUGGGGCAUCCUUGCAGGCCCACAGGUCUGGGCGGGGGCUUCUUAGGGUCCUUGUCUCGUGUGUGUUGACAAACACUGUUACUGACACCGCUGCGCCCACAGGUCAGAGAGGGCAGGGUCCCUUGACGGGUGGUCUUGGAGUCUCCGUGGGGUGAGAGGAAAAGGGCGUGGAGGUGAGCUGGGGUUGGCCUCAGCCCCAGGCUUCUGCCCCUGAGGAGAAUCUGUCACUGGCAGUCAUCCUACCACUUCUAAAGAGAUUGUUCGCAGUGAUGGGCUUCCAGGGACAUGGCCCCACAGGGGGACAUUGGCUCAAGGAUGCUUCGGGACUGCCAACGGGGCUGCAAAGGGUUUUAUUAGGGAGCAGGCGUGGGAAGAGGACGCAUUUCAUGAACCGGCCCCUCUGUGGUCCGCCAGCCCUUGGCCUGGCUGGGGGACUCCAGAUCAGUCAGACCCCAGGAAGAGGGAGCAAGAGGCUGACUUCUCCACAUCCCUCUCUGGAGUUUUGCCAUCUGAGCCACGCCUCGGGGCCAUGCUCCUUAUACUUGGUUAUGUCAACCAGAGCCCUGCCCCGGCCCUCCAACCUCUAAUAGACUUGAAUCUACUCUAAACGAAUAUUUAAUCCAACCUCACUACAUCAUAGCCCAGUGCAACAACUAACUUGUGAGUGACAUGUGGCCUCCAGCAGGGUGGUCCAGCGGUUCCCAUCGGGGGGAGGGGGGCUGGGGGCAGCGGGUGCUCGUGUUCUCUGUUGCCAACCUCGCCAUCUGGCCUCCUCCGCCCCUGUGCAGUGACCCUGUCCGUGUCUGUAUCUGUUUAUACGUGUGAGUCCAGCUAAAAAGACAAACAGAACCCGUGGGCCCGGCUUGGAGGGCGUGUGGAGAGCUCCAAGCCUCUCCGAAGGGCCGACCUCGGGAUGGCAUUCCGUUGUGUGCCUUAUUCCUGGAGAAUCUGUAUAAUCUGUAUACGGCUUGCCUAUAGAAAUAUAGCCUUUUCAUGCUGUAUUAAAAGGACUUUUAAAAGCA